AUGGCGGAAUCCGACCACGGUUCUUCGUCUGAUUCAUCCGACGGUGUAGCUAAUGCGAUCAUGGAGGAGAUAGAGUUGCAUAAUCAAGUGCUUGCUCACAUCUAUGGCCAGCCGGCUCCGGAGGCGGGACGUGUGAAACGUCCCCGAUCUUACGUCCACCGUGAUAGAGAGGAAGCCCACCUACGUCUUAUGCAAGACUACUUCCACGACAAUCCGACGUACGGACCUACAUUUUUCCGGCGGCGUUUUCGAAUGCAAAAGGAGCUUUUCUUGCGCAUCGUGGAGGCUGUUCAAGGUGUAGAUACUUUCUUCCACAUGACCACUGAUGCAAUAGGUCGGGACUCUCUUUCCCCGUUGCAGAAAUGCACGUCGGCUAUCCGCCAAUUAGCCACCGGGCUCUCUGCGGAUACUUUUGACGAGUAUCUCAGAGUCGCCGACUCCACCGGGCGUAUAAGCCAAAUGAUGCACAUCCACAAAGCUUUAAGGAUUUUGCGACUUCUCUUACCUCUCCCCUGA